ACAGAUUGGAAAAUGGCCGACGGUGUGGAUCACAUCGAUAUUUACGCGGAUGUGGAGGAGGAGUUUAACCAAGAAACAGACUACCCUGUCCAUGAGCAGAUAGACUUGUACGAUGAUGUCAUCUCUCCAUCUGCUAACAAUGGAGAUGCUCCAGAAGACCGGGAUUACCUUGACAACCUGCCCCCAACUGUGGGCUCUGAUGGGGGCAAAGGUGCUCCGCCUAACGUUGUCUACACUUACACUGGCAAAAGGAUUGCGCUGUACAUAGGCAACUUGACAUGGUGGACCACAGAUGAAGAUUUGACAGAUGCCAUCAGAUCAAUAGGCAUAAAUGAUGUACUUGAGAUCAAAUUCUUUGAAAACCGGGCCAAUGGCCAGUCUAAAGGAUUUGCUCUGGUGUGUGUAGGUUCAGAUGCAUCCUCCAGGAAGCUACUGGACCUUCUGUCUAAGCGUGAGCUCCAUGGCCAGAAUCCCAUCGUCACGCCAUGCAACAAGCAGUCACUCAGCCAGUUUGAGUUACAGUCCCGAAAAAGCACGCAGUCAGGUCAGAUGUCUGGAGAGGGUAAGGCUGGGCCCCCAGGUGUAGGACCACGCGGUGGCUUCCCUUUGGGUAGGGGCCGAGGGCGUUUUCCGGGUCCACCUGGUUCAGGGGGAGACCGUUUCCCUGGUCCCGUUGGGCCCGGAGGUCCUCCACCUCAUUUCCCAGGGUCGGGGAUGAGGCCACCCGAACUUAUUUCCCAUAGGCACCAGGAGAGCCAUCUGAUGGAUAUGAAUUUCAAUUGCUUUCAGACGGAUGGGAGCUGGCAACCAAGAGGUAGCAUUCAAGGACCGCCUCGCCCUCCACCCGGUCCCCCUGGCCCUCCUGGUCCUCCCGGUCCCCCUCCUCCUGGACAGGGAUUACCCCCUCCCCUCUCAGGACCCCCCAACAGGGGUGAUCGCCCCCCACCCCCAGUCAUGUUCCCUGGUCAGUUUGGCCAACCCCCAAUGGGCCCCAUUCCUCCUGGACCCCCUCCACCUGGCUAUGGCCCACCUCCAGGCCCACCUCCCCCACAGCAGGGUCCCCCUCCUCCAGGCCCCUUCCCCCCACGGCCCCCUGGUCCUAUAGGUCCCCCCCUGGCUCUUGCGCCGCCACCACACAUGCAGGGUCCACCCCCUGGAGGCCCACCCCCAGCUCCCCAUGUUAACCCUGCUUUCUUCCCCCCACCGGGAAACAACAACAUGCCAUCGGCAGACAGCAGGGGCCCUCCUCCCAGUGACCCGUAUGGACGCCCACCUCCAUAUGACCGUGGAGACUAUGGCCCUGGUGGCAGAGAGAUGGAUGCUGCCAGGACACCACUGAGCGAGGCUGAGUUUGAAGAGAUAAUGAACAGAAACCGUGCCAUCUCCAGCAGCGCCAUCUCCAGGGCUGUGUCAGAUGCCAGUGCAGGUGAUUACGGGAGUGCCAUUGAGACUCUCGUCACAGCAAUUUCGUUAAUAAAACAGUCAAAAGUUUCAGCCGACGACCGCUGCAAAGUGCUCAUUAGCUCGCUUCAGGACUGCCUGCAUGGCAUUGAGUCCAAGUCUUAUGGCUCAGCCUCCAGACGGGAAAGGUCCAGGGAGAGGGAUCACAGCCGUUCCCGUGAGAAAAGCCGCCGUCACAAGUCCCGCAGCCGUGAUCGACAUGAGGACUACUACCGUGAGCGCAGCCGCGAACGGGACAGACACCGUGAACGCGACCGCGACCGUGAAAGGGACCGAGAUCGGGAGAGGGAGUACAGGCACCGCUAGGGGGCAAGCUGACGGAAGAGGAGGAGCACAGCGCUUCAGCACCAGUUCCCUCAGGAGCGACUCACCCUCUCCUGUCUACUGCCCCUCACUGCAUCACACCAGAGGACUGGGACUCAGUUAAAGCUGUGUAAGGCUAAAAGUAGAGUUCUGUAAAAGUCUGUAAAAUCUAUACUCAUGGUAAAACAACAACAAAAAAACAGCUCUUUUUUUAUUUUUUAUUUUUAUUUGAGGAGAUUACAUGCGUGAAUUCGGAAAAGAAAGUUCAACUUUGCAGCAUAAACAUAAUUGCUUGCGCUAUCCAAAACAAAAACAAACUUUUGGACUGCGAUAAUGUGUAAAUUGUCAGUUAGACAUGUUGUUUUUAUAGAAAACUUUUCAUUUUGUCUUCUCUUCCCUCCCCUCUCAUCCUGUCUGGUUUUCCUUGUUUGGAUGAUGUUUGUAAAUGUCUCUGCUUUGAUUAUUAAAUAGAUUCUGUGUUGUAAUAAACUGUUUACUGGGGUU